UUACGAAAAUGCUUAAAUUCUGGAUCAAUGACCAAUAGAACUUGUAACCGAAAAUUGAUGUUUGUAGACACACAUGAGAUUAUGGAUCAUUUGUCUUGCACAUGCAUAAUUUAUGCAUAAUUUAUGCAUAAAUUUUGCAUAUUUUUCAAGAAUAUUACAUAAAUUAUGCAUAAAUUGUGCAUAAAUUAUGCAUAGAUUACGUAAGUUUCUGUCUUGCACAUGCAUAAUUUAUGCAUAAUU